GCAUUUGCAAAGUGGUGCAAUCUGUCACCUCAUCGAAUUUUGCUCCCAAGCAGGGCAACAUCUCGAAAAACAAGUGAACUCUCGACGGUCGCGACGAAAACAGCUUCUUUGGCUACUUCCGGCGAAAAAGGGUUUCAACCGGUACAGUGUCCAUAAGCCGUUCAACAUGGCCAACGCUAUGGUGCGUUUAAAUGCGCUCCCACGGCAGCAGAUCGCCGUGUGCCUUCCGGCGCUGAACAAGCAGCAGGUGCGCCACCAGGCCCAGCUGACGGCGCCACCGCCACAAACCAGGACAACAUUCGGCGGUCUGGCGGAUCAGGAUCGUAUCUUUACGAACCUGUACGGACGGCACGACUGGCGCUUGAAGGGUGCUCUCAAGCGCGGCGACUGGUACAAGACCAAGGAGAUCCUGCUGAAGGGUACCGAAUGGAUUAUUAAUGAGACCAAAGCGUCGGGUCUCCGUGGUCGUGGCGGUGCGGGUUUUCCCACUGGAAUGAAGUGGUCCUUCAUGAACAAGCCUGGUGAUGGCAGGCCAAAAUAUCUGGUAGUGAAUGCCGACGAGGGUGAGCCCGGAACCUGCAAGGAUCGUGAGAUUAUGCGUCACGAUCCGCACAAGCUGAUCGAGGGUUGUUUGAUAGCUGGCCGUUGCAUGGGAGCUCGUGCCGCGUACAUUUACAUCCGUGGCGAGUUCUACAACGAAGCGUCCAACAUGCAGCUGGCCAUUGCUGAGGCCUACCAGGCUGGGUUGAUUGGCAAGAAUGCUUGCGGCUCUGGAUACGAUUUUGACGUUUUCAUGCAUCGCGGCGCUGGAGCGUACAUCUGCGGCGAAGAAACGGCUCUGAUUGAGUCCCUCGAGGGUAAGCAGGGCAAGCCCCGUCUAAAGCCGCCAUUCCCGGCUGAUGUUGGCGUUUUUGGAUGUCCAACGACGGUUUCCAACGUUGAAACUGUGGCCGUUGCUCCGACCAUUUGCCGUCGUGGUGGCGCCUGGUUUGCCAGCUUUGGUCGUACCCGUAACUCGGGAACCAAACUGUUUAACAUUUCCGGUCACGUCAACAAUCCGUGCACCGUCGAGGAGGAAAUGUCCAUCCCGUUGAAGGAACUGAUUGAACGCCACGCUGGCGGUGUCACCGGUGGAUGGGACAACCUGCUCGGCAUCAUCCCGGGUGGUUCUUCGACCCCAAUCAUCCCGAAGAGCGUCUGCGAUGACGUUUUGAUGGACUUUGACGGCCUUGUGCAGGCCCAAACUUCGCUCGGAACGGCGGCCAUUAUCGUGAUGGACAAAUCGACCGACGUCAUCAAGGCCAUCUCGCGCUUGAUCGACUUCUACAAGCACGAGAGCUGUGGCCAGUGCACGCCGUGCCGCGAGGGCAUCGCUUGGAUGCACAAGAUGAUGCACCGCUUCGUCGACGGAAAUGCGCGCCCCGACGAGAUCGAUAUGCUGUGGGAAAUCUCCAAGCAGAUUGAGGGACACACGAUUUGUGCGCUGGGUGAUGGUGCCGCAUGGCCUGUGCAAGGUUUGAUCCGUCACUUCCGGCCGGAAAUUGAGGCUCGCAUGAAGAAGCACGAGCAGCAGAUUGCCGCCAAGAACUAAGGUGCAAGAUUGUGAAACAUACAGAUCGGAAAAUAAAAUCCAUUAUUAGCAGUUGAUAUGGUGUCCAUUCUAAUAAAAA